CAUGGCGGUGGAUGCUUUGGCCAGCAGUAUCCGUUUACCCAAUAGACUGCGCGCCGGAAAAGCUACAAGAUAGCCAAAGAACUUGGCGAAAUCAAAACAUUUGUGCGGCAUGAAUUCACUCUCAUUUUGCGGAUUCACAGACAGAUCGGAAGAUCGCAUGUAAAUUGUCUGAGGGACGGAGGACUUGUAGGCAAAGAUCAAAGUGAAACUGGCGGGUUUGUCUUGUCAACUACUAAGCUAACAUCGGGGCCCAGCGAGCAUUAGCGGUGGAGCUAACUUUGUGCUAACAGAAAAACAAGGAAUGAGUGAUGACCUCUGUGGUGGUGUCAGAUGGCGGUGGGAAUAUUGUGGAGUAUGUCACCAUGGUGGAGGAGCCACAACAGUGUGAGCAGCAGCCGGCUGAGGAGGAGGAUGAUGAAGUCAUUCAGCAGGAGAUGGAAGCGGUAAUUGUGGAUGGCGGUGAAGAGGUGGAGGAAGAGGAAGGUGUGGAAGUGCAGGAUGAUGGCUGUCCAGCCGUGAUUGUGGAGGAGGUGCCUAGUGCCCAGGUGGAAGAGUGUUACUCUGCACAGGUUCUGGUCUAUGACGACGAAACUUACAUCAUGCAAGAUGUGGCUGAGGAGCAGGAAGUGGUCACAGAAGUGGCAGAGACUGUGGAGAUGUCGGGUCAGGACAUGGUGUGUUUCGAUAAAACAUUUGAAGCAGCUGAAGCGCUUCUGCAUAUGGAGUCUCCUGGAGGACUGCAUGACCGCAAUACAGCAGAAGAUGUGAUGAUGGAGACAGUGGUGGAGGUUUCUACAGAGUGCGGAUCCAUAGAGGAGGAGGAAUCCUUCCCCAUCCCGCCUGAUUGUGAACCUGCCACUAAGAAAAAGAGAGGAGGUGGACGUAAGACAAAGAUGCAUCAACCUACAUCCAACGGCUCCUUUGACAUGGGGAUAAAAAAGAGGCCAAGAGAGGGAAAAGGCAACACCACUUACCUGUGGGAGUUCCUACUGGAGCUGUUGCAGGACAAAAACACCUGUCCGAGAUACAUCAAGUGGAUGCAGAGAGAAAAGGGCAUCUUUAAACUGGUGGACUCCAAGGCGGUGUCCAAACUGUGGGGGAAACACAAGAACAAGCCUGAUAUGAACUAUGAAACAAUGGGUCGAGCCCUAAGAUAUUAUUACCAGCGUGGCAUCCUCGCAAAAGUGGAGGGCCAGAGGCUGGCCUACCAGUUUAAGGACAUGCCAAAGAAUAUUCGAGUCAUUGAUGACAAUGACGAAGGCGAAGACGGUGAAGGCAUGUUGUCCGGCCAGCAGGGUGCAGAAAUCCUGGGCACAAACCCUCCUGUUGCCUCCCAUGCCCAACAAACCUAUGUCACCAUCAUCCCCAGUAAUUCCACCACCAGGUCCAUUCGCACCAUGCCUGUGGUAAUGGCCAACUCUCUUGGCCAGGUGACGUUAAACUCCUCCCCAGUACUAACCACUGCUACAGGAGCCCCAGUUACAGUAGCCGGUGCGAGCCCCCCUCCAAAACUUGUCAUUCAGGCCCUGCCCACCAUGCUGCCCGCUGGCUCCAAAGCAGGGGAGAAAAUAACAAUUAUCACCAUCCCAGCAAACCAGCUUGCCACGCUAAUGCAGGCGAACCCAUCAGGCCAGGUGACUCAGCUCGUACAGGCCAAACCUGUUACCACGCAUCUUACUCAUGCUGCCGCCAAAGCAGCCACCACCUCUAUGGUCCAUCUGGCAGUGGGCACAUCCGUGCCACAGCUCAUCCUAGCCAAACCGCAGCUUUCUGUGCAGCAUGUCCAAAGUUCCCCCCAGCUAAAGAAGCCCUCCAGGAGUCCAUCAGAAGCAGCACAAUCAGAGGGUCCAUCUCCCAGCAGUCAACCAGCAGUAGCAGAGGAAAGCUCAGCUUCCUGAGAACUCAGACUUGAGCUGGGAUGGGUUGCGGGGGGGGAACGUGACAAACUGUACAUAGUCAUAUACCCCAUCCACCCCCGACCCUUUACACAGCAGCACUCUUUGACUGUCACAGGCUGUUCUCAUGAAGGACACUACGGCGACUUUGAAACCCUACACAGGAAGAAAGGGACACGUUCGGGCAGCCUUUAGAUUGUAAAUGAAACAGUUGCUCUUUGUAUUCACACAGUAUAAUAACUGCCUGAAACACAUUGUUAUAAAUGGAAAUGUACAGAGCAUUUUGAUACACAGCAAAUAUUUUUUUUCUGUGUUCGGUUAAGUUUUAGUUAAAUUUAUCUUUGUUUUACAUUGCUGUCUAAAGUCCUUCCCCUGCACCGUUGGUCUCAAAACAAGUUUUUUUCUUGUUUUAUACUGCCAUUUAAAUAGAGAGUGAAAAGAUGUCUACGCCCAAAUAAAAUAACUCAAAACUGUACUUCGCACAUGAAGUAUAAUAUAUAUAUUAUUUUACUUGUACUAUGAGUGUAUUGAAGUAAAUUUUACAGAAAUGUGUGUUAUUGAAAGGACUUUUGAAUGGUCUUUCAUUUUGGUCCAUCAUAAGUUAAAUGGCUGAUUAGCAUUCAGAACAACCACGUCUGGUGUGUGGAACUUCCUGUCUGUGUGGAAGUGGUAGAAAGUUUGCACCCUUCAAAACGUUCCUAAAAAAAAUGUCUCACUGGUUAGGCGCUUGUGCGGCAUUUGGGGGGCGAGCACUUGGCAGCUUGUGAUGUGAUCAUCCAUGCAGGCAGCGGGUAUAAGCCCCGGGUACCAACCCGCUGUAUUUGCAAGUGUGGGCAAAAUAUGGGAGAUGAGUACCGCCUCGGUAUGGAUUCAGGAGCAUGCAGAUACCAUGUAGCACUUUUAGUGCAGGAGGUCUAUUUUGGAAUCAAUCCAGUAGUAAAUAAACAGGCCAGUAUUGCAGAUAACACAUACCUUUUAC